AUGUCGAGGAGUCAGUCUAGUCUGGGGUAUAUGGAUGCGAACCAGGAUCCCUCGGCCGCGGGCGUGUCUCCAUCACUCCACCAACAACCGGCGUCCGGGCCUAUCAACCUCUCAGGAUUGGUGUGCAAUGUGCGCCGCACAACCGGCAAGGAGCCACACCCUCUCGUGGGAGCCACCACGACAAUUUUGGGCGACAGGCUCUAUGUCUACGGAGGUCGGGUCCUCUCACGCAGUCGCCCGAAGUUAACGUCGGAUCUGUACGAGUUGGACCUGAUCCGGCGGCAUUGGACUAAGAUCGAGGCCGGCGGAGAUGUGCCACCGCCACGCUACUUCCACAGCAUGUGUGCCCUGGGGGACAACAAGCUCGUCUGCUACGGAGGCAUGUCGCCUGUACCCAGCUCCCCCAAAGACCCGGCGAACCCUACGGCGUCCACAUCAGAAUCCCAGUCGGAAGUUGUGGUCAUGUCGGACAUUCACAUCUUCGACGUUCCAUCGCGGGCAUGGACGCGGGUCUCAGCACAUGAGUCUCCGCAAGGGCGAUAUGCACACUGCGCGACCAUACUUCCGUCAAGGGCCUGCUUCACAUCAGCCAGUGCACCGCUGUCAGCCAUCCAUCACAACCCCGCGUCCACCAACCCCCACCAAGGCUCGAUUGGUGUGGACAUUGAUGGUUUUGGUGGUGCAGAGAUGGUGGUCGUUGGUGGUCAGGACAGCUCCAAUCAUUAUAUUGAACAGAUCAGCGUGUUCAACCUCCGCAGUCUCAAGUGGACCAACACUAGCCCUCUGGGACGGAGCUGUGGCGCGUACCGCAGUGUCGUCUCGCCGCUGGUGGAUAUGGAUGUCUCUGAAAUUGGCUCUGCCGCCCCAGACCGGGAAUCACACCAACCAAUCGAGCGUUCCGAGUCGCCAGGUUGUCCCAUGCUCAUCUACUCUAACUAUAACUUCCUGGAUGUCAAGCUGGAACUGCAGGUACGCCUGCCGGACGGGCGUCUUGUUGAGCGACCAAUGCAGAGCCAGGCCUCCCCACCUGGUCUGAGGUUUCCUAAUGGCGGUAUUACCAACGGCCACUUCGUUGUGAGUGGUACGUACCUGACCUCCUCGAAGCAGGAGUAUGCACUUUGGGCCCUCGACCUGAAGACAUUGGCCUGGGGUCGUAUUGAUGCCGGCGGCUCGGUCUUUGGCCAUGGGAGUUGGAAUCGCGGGGUUCUUUGGCCUCGCCGCAAUACCUUUGUCAUUCUGGGACAUCGGAAGCGAAGCCUGGUUGAUGACUAUAACCAUCGUCGGAUCAACUUCUCGCACGUGUGCCUGGUAGAACUGGAGGCCUUUGGGCUCUACAACAACUCAUGCCACACGUCAUCAACGUCGGGAUAUAAAUCGAACAGUGCGCCAUGUGUGCCUGCGUCGUUGCAGCAAAAGCUGUUCCAAUUAACCUCGGGUGGGCGGCCGUUAUCUUCCGCGUCGAAUGAGCUCGGCAAGCUUGCGCUGACUUUGCCGGAGAUGGCCGACAUGGAGUUGCAGGCUGUGGGAGGAGAGCGCAUACCUGUCAACUCCCGUCUUCUCACCCGGCGCUGGGGUCCUUAUUUCAUCCAACUCCUACGCGAAUCGUCGGAAGGAGACGCCACGGAAGCCGCAACCCUUCGCCCGUCGCAAAUGCAUCCCAGCCGCAACUCGAGCAUCACCAUUACCCCAUCGAUCGGGCACAACAGCACCUACUCCAAUGCGACAACCCUUGUCAACCCUUCUGUCCCCUCCAAGUCCUUGCUCGAGAACCUGGAAUCUCCCUCCGCCCACAGCUUGACGCCAACCUCCCGACCGCGCGUGUUGUACCUCCCGCACACCAUCCUCACUCUCCAAGUGUUCGUGCAAUUCCUCUACACCUCUGCCCUGCCCCCAGCAGGCUCCUCUCUGUGUACACCGCAAAUCCUCUGCUCUCUUCUCCAACUUGCACGCCCGUACCAGGUGAGUGGGCUGCUGGAGGCGACCGUGGAGCGACUUCACCAGGUUCUUGAUGGGCGCAAUGCCGCCGCUGUGUUCAAUGCAGCCGCGAUGGCCGCCGGCGGGGGCCGCGGCACCGGAUUCACCAGCGGACUGGGUGGCACGCUAGAAGCUCUGAAUGGUAACGCGCUCCGGAAUGGUUCUGCACCAGCCGUCGCAGAGGGCGCUGCAUCCUACCACAGUGAGCUCAUAGCCUCCGACUCAUCCGACACAGAGCACGGCGGGGUAUCACGCUCUGCGGCCAGCAGCACAGGUGAUCUCACGAACUUUGCACGUGGCCUCCCAUCUCUCCGCAUCGACACUUCGUUGUCGCAAGAGCAGGCCCGCCAGCGCAGCGCACAACGCGAUCGCGAGGAUUCCAUCAGCAACGCCAGCACAGCAACCUCGGCCUCCAGCGCGAGCUUUAGCCAGUCCGACUCGGAAUUCGUCAGCGGCGACGAGGGCAGUUCGCGGUCCCGCUCCGGUCACCAGCGCUGCGAUACUGAGGCCGAAUUGCGCCGUCCGCACCGUGAGAUCUGGACCGGGGAUCUGAGCAGCGUCAUUGGUCUUCAGAAGCGUGGUCUGCGUGGUCUGAUGGAGGGCCGUCGCAUGCGUGAACGUAGUGGCAAGCCCUCUAGUGUCGGCAGCGGCACAGCGACCAUUCCUCCGCCGUCGGCGGGGUCAGGCGAUCACCACGUUCCGAUACAGGGCGUAGCCGGGUAA